AUGAAGGAGCCCAGCGCGGCCUCGGAGUCGUCCGAGUCGGAGCAAGGUGCGCUUGAUAUGUCGGUGCUGCCCAAUCCCAUCAUGGAUCCUCGAGGAGAUCCUCGAGAAGGAACCUUUGAGAUUCCAGCUCCGCCUCCGGAAGUGGAUGACUCCUUCAUCAAAAUGUACCAAAACCACAGCUUGAUGCUCCCCUCCGAACGCUACAAGGAGCAUUUGAAGAUGAAAGCCGGCGAGAAAAAGUGGCGGGAAGAGCGCGAUGCCGUUUUCCGCUACCGGAAGCGAAUGAACGUUCUCGAGCGAAAGCAUCAAGAAGGAAUUCUUGGCAUUGAUGGUCCUACACAUCCAGAUACCCUUCUGUAUCGGGAUCGCUUCGAGCACCACGCAGCACAGGCUCAACGAAAAGCCGUGAACGCUGAGAAUCGCUUUACGGUUCUUCAAGACAAAACCUACUCAGAUGAUGCGGUAGCCAUGCGGGAUUUUGGUUCCGAUCCUGGCUUGGAGCGUUCAAAGGACAUUUGCAUCCAGAGGAAGUGUAUCGACCCGGAGCAGCAUCCCUUUCGAUUUCUGGACACACAUUCGCGCUUGUUCCCCAAAUAUUCACCGGCCGGUGCCCUAGAGAAGGGGAGCGUGGGCAGCUGCUACGAAACGCGUGCACUGCAUGCCUCCGAGCGAAGCACCGCCCAGGACAGGGGCCACAAUAUCAUCAAUGGUGCAGACAACACCCUGACCUAUGACGUCGCACUUCCGUGGGCGGAGGUUCAGCAACAAGCGGUGCAGCGCCGGAUCGCUGAAGCCGCGAAGACUCAGAGCCGAAGUUCCAACAGCCACGAGAUUUGA